CUCUAGCACUCUAUUCCCUUCUUCCAUUCAUUAGAGGUCAUCCCCUUACACCCACAGCAUGUAUUGCACUCAUACACAUCUCCUCCUCCCUUUCUCUCCCAGUUCUACAUGUUUCUCUCAUGCCUCAUCUCAUCUCCUCAUCUCCUCAUCCUCCUGUGUCACUCUCUCCUUAGUAUGGCUGGGCAAGGUCACCUACUAUUGAGACAGUAGCUCUUCUUUGGUCAUUGCCAGGCUCUCUUUUGGAUCUUCAUGGCAGUUUCCACAACAGCAAACACUGCAAGCUUGACCACACUGAUCUUGUCUCCAGUGAAGCUAAGAGUUGGAAUGUUUUUACCAAGUAUGUGUUGUGUUGUGGAGUUUUUAGUUUAGUUUUAAUCACUGUCCUUCCUUAAUCUGUUACUGGAAUCAUGAAAACACCCUUGCAAACCAUAACAACAUGUGCUAAAACCUGUUAAAGUAUCAUUAACCCUUUUAAACCAUUACUUGAAUCACAGAAACAUCCUUGCAAACCCUGACAACAUCCACUGAAACUUGUUAAACUGUCACUAGCAUUAUUAAACCAUUACUUGAUCAUAAAAACACCCUUGAAAACCCUGGUAACAUCCAUUAAAGUCUGUUAAACUAUUACUAACCUUAUUAAACCAUUACUUGAAUCAUGAAAAUGCCCUUGAAAACCCUAAUAACAUCCACUAAAGCCUUUUAAAUUACCACUCCAAUCACGGGAGCUCCAAACACUAUUAGAGCCUGUUAAUAAAGAAAAGGCACUGGGAUAUUGGGGAAUGCACAUUUCAAGCUGUAGCCUUACCUCACAUCCUUAACUCUCAUAACAGGGCCUUUGUUGGAGGCGAAUGAAUGUCACUGUCUGCAUUACCAGAAGAGGCGCGUCUGAAGUGACCAAGAUAGGAAGGUACGUGGACUCCCAGGAGAGGCUGUACCAGUUCCUCACAUAUGCUGGCCAUCACUAGCAGACCUCUUGGGUGGUUUCCAAGACCCCAGCUUGGCCUUCAAGACACUUAAUCAUACCAGGGUCUUCCUUCAACAGCUCACCAGAAUAUAACUGGAUAACUUGCCUGCUGCCAGUACCUCCAGGCCUCUAGAGGUUGUGGCACCACAGCCUGCACAGCCCCUCAAAUCCCCAACAAGAACAAGAACACAACAGGGUAGUGGGAGUGAUGGCUUCAAGACACACUGCCACUGUACAAGGCAGCUGUUACUCUUGUACAUCAUGUGCUGCUUACUAGACUGUGCCUAAAAAUCUGAGAGGAAAAAGUAAAAGCUCACAGGACUGGUUGACAAGACAGCUAAAUGACCCUUAUGUGAAGUUGACCAAGCAACAUCAGUGCAGGCAUUGUCCAUGAUGCUUCCUGUGUUGUGGUUCCAUCAUGGCAGGCAUGGAAGUGCCUCUCACUACAUCACUGCCUCAUGAUCAUUGAGAGCAUGGACACAGACACUGAGGCCCUAGUGGGUAUGUGGACCUCCUCAAUGGACAGAUGGACAGAGGCUGGUGUGCUGGCUACAUGUAUCAGGAGCAAAUCUCAACCUUCUUCUCUGUUGUGGCAACAGGGAUGACAUAUGAGAUGGCCAUGACCAGCAUGCCCCUUCAGGUGCUACAUCUGCACCUGCCACACAGUCCAUCCUCUGAGGCCGUUGUCCUGCUCAUCUUCCCAAAGCCUCAGCGUUAUGACACCUAUGUGGAUGGUGUCUUUGUUCCCCCAGCCAACCUCAACACCUCUGCAGCCGGCUACAAGCUGUUGCCUGAGAACCCCACCCAUCCUCAGGCUUUCCUUCCCAUGUUGGACAAUGCAAUGGGGACCAGCUUCUUCCAGCGCAGUGCUAAGUUGGUCCAUGUGGUGCUGUGCGAAGGCCACAUCCUUGACAUCAAGACCACACCCAUGAUCACCCUCACCAGUGGCCUCAUGGUGAAGGAAGAUGAGUUUUAUGAGCAGAACGUGGUGUUGAAUCUGGCCAGCCUGUUUGAGGUAUCCCCAGACAACAUCAGGGUCAUCAGUGUUAUGCAGGAGCUCUCCAAGAGACAGCAGGGAAGGCUGGAGGUGGGCACAGUGAGGAUGCAUGUUGGGUCUGGUCUGUGUUGAGUCUGACUGUGGUGG